AAAUCAGUUGCUCAAACUAAAAAGGCAUUGGAGCUUACUUUUUCAUAUCCUUUCAAGGAUGUUCUCAAAAUUCUUCAAAUCGAUUGUACUUCUCUUGAAAUAAGUGAAGAUGAAGCAUCGCCUAAAAAGCAUGGAAGAAAAAGUUCGGAUAAACGUUAUUCUAGCCUAGCCACCAAAAUACCUAAAUUCAAAAUAAAUAAACUACCUCCUUGGGCUGUCCGUAGAGAUGCAAUUCGUAUGUCUAGCAGUGCUAGUGGUUCUAGCAGUUCUGAUUUAGCAAUUACAUUAGAAAUUUAG